UGGAGGCGGGAGCUUUGUUCAACUUUAUGGUUGUUUUGUUUCAUGUCGUACUUUACAGCAUUUACGCGAGAAAUACGUUUAACCCAGAGACUGGAGCAGGCCAGGCAUGAGCAGAGCACACCUGGACGAGUGGCAGAGGAGGUCCUUUGACAUUUCGUCUGGCUCCUGUACACCUGAACAGACGGCCAAUGCUUAUCGGGCACACAUCUUGUCCAUUCAGUAUGCAUGGGCGAAUGCUGAGCUCUCUCCGGCCGGAGCUGCCAGCCUGCUCAGGACCUACACUGAGCGCUAUGCCGCAGUCUUGGACUCAGACGACCCAUACAAAGGACUAAACAACUACGCAGAGAGUGCCCUGCACCUGGCCCGCAAUCAAAGGAACCAUAGUGACAAAUGGGAAUCGUCCCUAACACUUGAGAAUGUGUUCAACUUGUCGUGCGUGCAGAAGAUGAUACAGGCCAGGUCAGAUGGAUGCGCUCUCCCUGUAGAUCCAGCAGAUGUUAACAUCUCUGUCGGUGGUGAGGUCAGUGGGGGUGGGGAGAAAGCCAGUGCUCUCUCUGGUCCUCCCUUCGGAUUAAAGCAAGAGCGUCUGGCUCACGGUCACUCUGUGCCUUCACCCACAGCGGAGAUGGGAAGGGGGGACAUUAACCCACUUAGCGGAUCUGGAGGACUUGAAGUAGCCCCUCCGUGUUUUUCCCUACCACAAAAUACUCCAAAAGAUCUAACAGGAUCUACUACAUUGGGCCAUAAUAAUUUUAGUUCCAAAGCCAAUGUUGGUGUGCCUCAGUCUAAUGUUGCUUGCACAAGUAGAUCUAAUGUGCAUAAUCAGCCUGUGUUCUUUUCCUCCACAAACCCCUCCAAGAGGAAGAACUUCUACGGCUCAGGAACUGAAAGCAGCAGAAGCUCAUUCCCAUCACAAGGCGAGCAGGAACUGCGAGGGAGGGGACUGAGAGGAGAGGAAGGUAUAAGCACUAAUUUUAGAUCUGCAAGAGAGCAGUUCAUCGUUGACCAGCAUAAAAAGCAUUCCCAUCAGGGCCAGCGAGGUUCUCCAGGCAAUGUUUUUACAAUCACUAAAAAGUGCCUUGGGGCAAAUCGUUCUCGGGGUGCAUCCUCUAAAUUUAUCUCUCCCAUGCCAAGACAAGAGGAAGAUUUGAAAGACAACACACCACAAGAUAUGCAACCCGUUGAUGAGCGUUUAAAGAACUUUGAGCCAAAGAUUAUUGAACUUAUUAUGAGUGAGAUCAUGGACCACGGACCCCCGGUAGCUUGGGAUGAUAUUGCUGGCCUGGAGUUUGCCAAAGCUACGAUCAAAGAGAUUGUUGUGUGGCCCAUGUUGAGGCCUGAUAUCUUCACUGGCCUUAGAGGUCCACCUAAAGGCAUCCUUCUAUUUGGUCCUCCAGGCACUGGUAAAACCCUCAUAGGCAAGUGUAUAGCAUGCCAAUCAGGAGCUACUUUCUUUAGCAUCAGUGCUUCCUCGCUCACUUCAAAGUGGGUCGGGGAAGGUGAAAAGAUGGUCCGAGCACUUUUUGCCAUCGCUCGGUGCCAUCAACCUGCAGUUAUCUUCAUCGAUGAGAUUGAUUCUCUUCUUUCACAACGCACAGAUGGAGAGCACGACUCUUCCCGUCGGAUUAAAACAGAGUUUCUUGUCCAGCUAGAUGGAGCCGCCACCUCAGCAGAAGAUCGUAUUCUUGUAGUGGGUGCUACCAACCGGCCACAAGAGAUUGAUGAGGCAGCACGCCGUCGCUUAGCCAAGAGGCUCUACAUUCCUCUCCCAGAGGUUGAGGCUCGCUGGCAGAUAGUGACUAACCUCAUGUCCCAUGAAAAAAGCCAGUUGGGAGUUGAUGAGAUGGAGAAGGUGGUGCAGGGCACAGAGGGGUUUUCAGGCGCCGACAUGACGCAGCUAUGCCGCGAAGCAGCUCUUGGCCCAAUCCGGAGCAUCCGUCUUAGUGACAUUGCAACCAUCAUGGCAGAACAGGUUCGCCCAAUCCUGUACAGUGACUUUCAGGAGGCUCUCAAAACAGUGCGACCCAGUGUCUCUUCUAAAGAUCUGGAGCUGUAUGAAGAGUGGAACAAGACUUUUGGUUGUGGCCGCUAAGCACAUGUGCUGAUUAAAGUAAUGGAGUUGAUGUCAGUAUGAUUGUGAUGUUUAUUUCCUUAAAUAAAUAAUUGAUUUGUCUUU